CCCACAGCACGGAUCAGGACGGGCUCUGAGGCUGGGCUGCAGCAGAGCCACUCCACUUUAAACAUGUCAGCACAAUUCGGCUUUUUGAGGAUCGCUGAACUGCGGCGUCUUCUGCAGGAUGAGGAGAAAUGCAACGCAAUAAUCCGAUAUAGCGAAAAGUUUCAGAGUCUGAAGAGCGCCAUUGAGAACAUUUUGGUUUCCAAUCAUAGAUUGGCAAAAGCCAGUCUUUUUCAUAAACCAGCCUUUAGAGAUACAAAGAGGCUGCUUGCAAUGAAAUACAAGGAGUUAGAGAAGCUAAUGGGGAACAUCAGAGCAAAACUAAGUUAUCUGGGUAAGUUAAAGUUGAUUUUUAACAUUUCUAAUAUAUUUUCUAAUUAUGUAUUGGCUACAUUGGCCUAUAUUCUUCUCAAUACCGUUAAAAUCUUUCUUUUUUAUGUUGUUAAUUUCACAGAUGAAAAGUACACAGGCCUACUUCAUAUGGUUCAACUGUCCCUCGUGAAAAAUAUAUUAAGUGUAGAGCAGGAAAGUGAGGCUCUCCUACAGAGGUUUGUGGACGGGGAAACACCUGUGGGCGACUUCCUGGAAGGGUUCCUACACCUGCGGAAACUCUACCACGUCCGGCAGGUCUUGAGGGACGUAACCCGAGACAUGGUCAUCGCCCGACGGACCCCUGGGAGCCCAGCGGGCGUCGGUACCACCGGAGACCCCCGGCGGUUCGUCCCCCCGCCCGCUGGGCCCCUCUCGCACCCCCGCUGCGAUCGCUUCUGCAGCCUGGCGCCGGUCUUGGUCUUACCCGCCAUCGGCCGGUCCCUCGCCCCCCCGCCGUCGGGGGCCCUUGGGCGCCGGGAGGCCCCGCCCCGGGGGCAGGGCGGGUCCUACUGGGUCCACCACCACCACCACCACCAUCACCUCCACCACCACCAGCACCACCUCCUCCAGCAGCACCAGCAGCGGCUGCGAUGUUCCAGGAGGGGGAGGAAACCCGCCCGCCUUCAGAAACCCCAGACCCCCCCUGGGAGGCGGGGCCCGGGGCUCGACUGAGGCCAGGGGCCUCGGACCCACCUGAUCUUGGGUCUGUUUUCAUUCAUCUUAAUGUAUUGAGUGUUUUAUUAUGUUGCUUGCGGUGCUCUGUUUGUGUACUGUGGAGUUGAUAUGGUAAAGAUAGUUUAGUUAACUGUAAGAGGCCUCUUCAUCCUAUCUGAUGUUGAGACAGUUUUAUGGCCCUUCACUGUACUUGUUGACAUGGUUAGACACUCUUAAACUGGUUGGCUUGGUUUAUGCUUUGUGUUUACUGGUACAAACCUGUACUGUGCCCCGUGAACCUGAUAUCUGUGCUCAUCUGUCUCCAGAGAGUCCUGCCAAGUCUGCUUAAUAGCCUAGUGACACACUUCAUCUUAAACCAUACCACACACCGCCCUAAAACGAAAAACAUUGACGCACAUUAUAUCCCUAAAGGCCGGACUCUUUUGAGAAACGUGAGCAGACCUCCGCACAUCCUCCUGUAGAUAGUUGUUAGAUGAACUCAUCCAUUCAUCCAUCCGACCAGCAGCGUGGGGGUACAGGAGGUCAUUCGGGUUCGUGGAGGUUACCCCGAGUGCAUCUGGCCCAGACAGGACCCCCAUGCUAAUUUACCCCCGAAGAAAACCCACUACAGUUUCACGUGUGAUCAAUAGCAAGGCGAACGGAGAGAGCUUUUGGUUACCCGCCUGACUUUUGUUACAUCGAUGUCAGCGGCACCUAUUAUUCUGCAGGGUAUAAAUUGACCAAUUUUCUCGUCUGUCAGCCAAUGAAUGAAUUCCCCUACUGCUCAAUGGCUCGGCCGUCUAAGAUGGGCUAAUGUGCUUAUUUGUUUUGUUCGGUAAAUGCUGGGAUUAAAUUCUCGCUUCCAAACUGCGAAACACGUCAACUAUUUACAUAAA